UGAUUCAUUAAGUUCGCCAAACUUGACGAAAAUGAAAGUGCUUGCUAUCGUGCUCUUGGGUGUAAUUGCCUCCGCCUCGGCCGCCGUCUCGGCGUUCGAGAAGCCGGUGUUCUGGAAGGACGUGCCCGUGGGCAAGGCCUCGAUCGAGGGUCGCAUCACCAUGGGUUAUCCCGCUUCUGAGGGCAAGGUGCCCUACAUCGUGGGCCUGGGCUUCAGCCGGAACGGCGGCGGCACCUGGUGCGGCGGCUCGAUCAUCGGCAACAACUGGGUGAUGACCGCCAAGCACUGCACCGACGGCAUGGAGUCCGUGACCAUCUACUACGGAGCUCUGUGGCGCCUGCAGGCCCAGUACACCCACUGGGUGGGAAGCGGCGACUUCAUCGAGCACGGAUCCGGUGACAUCUCCCUCAUCCGCACCCCCCACGUCGACUUCUGGUCGCUGGUGAACAAGGUGGAGCUGCCCAGCUACAACGAUCGCUACAACAACUACCAGGGCUGGUGGGCCCUCGUUUCCGGAUGGGGCAAGACCUCGGACGACGUCGGCGUCUCCGAGUACCUGAACUGCGUGGACGUCCAGAUCGGCGAGAACUCCGUGUGCGAGAACUACUACGGCAGCUUCUCCGGCGACCUCAUCUGCAUCCCCACGCCCGAAAACAAGGGCACCUGCAGCGGCGACUCCGGCGGCCCACUGGUCCUCCACGACGGCAACCGCCAGGUGGGCAUCGUGUCCUUCGGCUCCUCCGCCGGCUGCUUGUCCAACGGUCCCAAGGGAAUGGUGCGCGUCACCAGCUACCUGGACUGGAUUCGCGACCACACUGGCAUCUCUUACUAACAAGUUUCUUAAUAAACUUUUGUGAAUUGAAUAUGUAA